CCCCCGUUUUCUCCCCUCUGCCCCGUGACGUCACGCCCCGUCCCGACAUCACCCUCCCCUGCUCCUCCCGUCCAGUGGCGGCGCUGCCGGAAGGGGCGGGGCGGAGGCGAGCGGCACUUCCGGUGGAGCGGCGAGGGGAGCCAUGAGCUGGAUACCGUUCAAGAUCGGGCAGCCCAAGAAACAGAUUGUACCCAAGACAGUGGAGAGAGACUUUGAACGGGAAUAUGGGAAGCUCCAGCAAUUGGAAGAUCAGACCAAAAAGCUUCAGAAGGAUAUGAAGAAAAGCACAGAUGCAGACUUGGCCAUGUCCAAGUCAGCUGUGAAGAUCUCCUCAGACCUGCUCUCCAACCCCCUGUGUGAGCAGGAGCCCAGCUUCCUGGAGAUGGUCACAGCCUUCGACACGGCGAUGAAGAGGAUGGACUCCUUCAACCAGGAGAAGGUGAAUCAGAUCCAAAAGACAGUCAUAGAGCCUUUGAAAAAGUUCAGCAGCGUGUUCCCCAGCCUGAACAUGGCUGUGAAGCGCCGGGAGCAGACCCUGCAGGACUACAAGCGCCUCCAGUCCAAGGUGGAGAAGUACGAGGAGAAGGAGAGGACUGGACCUGUCCUUGCCAAGCUGCACCAGGCCCGUGAGGAGCUGCGGCCGGUCCGGGAGGACUUUGAAGCCAAGAACAAGCAGCUCCUGGAGGAGAUGCCCAAGUUCUACAGCAGCCGCAUCGAUUACUUCACACCCAGCUUCGAGGCACUGGUCCGGGCUCAGGUUGUCUAUUACACCGAGAUGCACAAGAUCUUUGGGGAGCUGACGGCGCAGAUCGACCGGCCUGGCCUCAGUGAUGAGCAGCGUGAGCGCGACAACGAUGCCAAGCUCAGUGAGCUCAGGGCUCUCUCCAUCGUGGCUGAUGACUGAGCCGGGGCUGGGGCCUUCCCCUGCGCCCCAUAGGGAUGGACUUGGGGGUCGGGGGGGGUUUAACCCCUCUGCCCCCCCCCCCCGUGGCGCUGUCAGGACCUGGGGAUGGGGUGGGGGGCACAGUGGGGCUGCCCCUGCCCUCCUCACCCCGCUGGUAGCAUCCAGCCCUGGAGGGCUUUGCCCCCCAUGGGGGGGUCAGAGGGGAGGGAGGAGCCCCCCCAGCCCCUUCCCCAUGGGGCAGGAGGGUGGGGGAGCUCCUGCCCCCUUUUGUGCCUUAGGGGAGGGGGCGAUGGAAGCUCCGCGCCUCCCAUGCCAAGCACCAAGUGAUGCCGCACUCCAGAGGCCCUGGUUUCAGUGGGAACGGGGCAUAGGACCCCUGCCCCAUAGCUAUGGGGUGCAGGGGGUGCCCGCCGAGGGGUACUGAAGGGGACCUCAGCCCCAGGGAGGAGCAC